UUAAGAACUGAAAUCCUCUCUCUAUUUGCAAAGCAGAAAGGAGAUGAAACCAAAGCAGAACCAUCUCUCUUUAUUUGCGAAGUAGAAAGUGAAAUUGAAUCAGAGUAGAAAGAAAUUUGAUGACGUCCUCGUCGAUUGGCACUCCCAAACCGAUUGCAGUGAAGAUGGGCAUUAAUCAAUCAUCGUUCUUAGUAGAAAACCCAACUUUCAGUCUCCCUAAAUAUCCUGAUUGCAAACCAUGUAUUGGAUUCGAUGACAUUAUUGAUACCAACGAUCUGUUUGUGGAUCCAAUAAUUCGGGACUUGGGUUAUUGGAAUGAUGAGAAUCUGGUUUCAGAUUAUAUCGCUGAACCAUCUGAAUUUCAAAGAGGAAAAAGUAGCCAAGAGAAUGGAAAUAAUGUUGACAGAAACAUGAAAAAGGCUUGAGAUUCAUGGAAGAGUUGGAAUGGUCAUUCAUGCAAUUCUUGAAAAAUAUGAUUGUGAUCUCUCUUUUCAAAACCAUGAGUUCAAAUUGUUCGUUUUUGCACGAAAAGUAUCUAUAGUGUGAAAGAGUUUCUAGUUCAGUAUUAUGAAGAUUGUAAAAAAUAAGGCUGUGUUAUGUUGCAAGAUCCUCUCUCGAGUUUCAGUGAAGCCCUGUAUGUUGGACAAUGUUGCAAGAUCUCAACCUUCUUCUUGCACAAACAUUUACUAAUGAGGAUAGCUUUCCAUUUGUUCAUAAAAUUGUUAUAG